AUGCAACAACUGCAAGAAGCACCACCAUCACUGGUGUUCUCCUGUCAGUUCACAGGAACAGAGGAGCUUCAUGGCGUUUCCAUUCGAUCGGCCAUUUCACCUCAACAAUGUAAUCCACAAUCCAUAAACACCAAACCUCAAUAUGUAAAGGAAGUUGAAACACCCCACUUACUGCAUAAAGUAAAUGUUCUUCAUAAGAACCAAACAAGGAAAGACAUAACUUUUCAAGGGAAAGUUUUAGAAAGAACCAAACAAUUGGCAAUCAAUUUAGAUCAACACUGGGGACAAUCACAUAUUUUGCUUUGCCCCCGCCGUGCAUGCAUUGCAUAA